AUGAAGUUCACUGCCAUCAUUGCAUCCCUCUGCCUGGUCGCGGCACCCUUCGCCGUCGCAGAGGAAACCACCACCUCAACCGCAACCACGACCAUCACCAAGACCCUGGUCCGUGUCAACUCCGCAACCCCAACUCCCAGCAUGUCUAGCAUGACCACCAUGACUGCGACGACAUCGACUCCUCUGUCGCGCGCGGACUCUACUUCCUCCGCUCCAGCCACAACUUCGUCCGGCGCCGCAGCCCACAUUGGUGCUGGCAUGCCAGCUGCCUUGGCUGCCGCUGGCUAUAUCGUGGUGAUGGUGGGCCAGGCCCUAUGA